AGGGCGAGAGAGCUGCCCCGCUUCCUCGGGCGGGAAACAGACGGGUCAACAAAGGAACGUCCCCUGGGGACCAGAAUGUUCGGGUGCUUUCUGGGGGAUCGAGCUCGGUGAUCUCUGAUCUCCGAUCUCUGCUGCUCCCGGCCACUCAAGACGGGGUGCCGGUGGGUCCCAGGUGGAAGCCUGAUCGAGGGUGUCUUAACUUCCAGGACACACACACAAAUUCCAGCAGGAAGCGUUAGUCUGGAAAAUACGGGGAAUCGAAAACUGGCAAGUGGUGUGGAACGUGGUGUAUGAAAACCUUCAAGCACCUUAAAAUAACAUUGGCAACUUAAAAGAGGAUGCACACUUUUCCAACAACCCCCGCCCGGGAAAGGCCGCGCUCGGGGGUGGACCUGCGGAAUCCCAGCUGAGUCUGGGAGCCUGGACUGCCCUGGGGUCAAGAUCGGGACUUGAACCCAGAGCCCCAAGCUUUCCUCCCACUAGUUUCCCAUUGGAAGUACCUGGGACGACUUCCCCGCGAGGUGGGGACGGGAAAGGGCAUUCCCCUCUCUGGGCGGAUUCAGCCGUGCCCCACCGCCCCUCCGCUUCCUGAUUGGCUCUGGUCCCUGUCAAUUAAAAGUCUUCCUUAAUGCUCCCGCCCUAUUAACCCUAUUGUCACUCUCUAGGGACCCGCGAGGCUAGUAGGGGGGUUUAUCGCCUUGGGACCUGUGGAGUCCACCGGCGCUUGUUGAAAUUCAGAUUUCUGGACCCUCCUCUUUCCAGAGAGUCUGAUUUAGUAGAUGGGGCCGCGGAUUCUGUAUUGGGAACAAAUGUCGGAGUGAUUCUGGGCCCCUCGCAGUCUGAGAAGGCCUCAUUUCAGCGGCCCUCCAGCCAGAGCUCCUGGGAGCCUCACAAUCCCCACCCCACGCCAGCAAUGGCUGAGCCUGGAGAGCAACUGCCCGAGGAGGUGCUGGCGCUCAUCUUCUGCCACCUGCCCCUGUGGGACCGCGCUGCCGCCGCCAGGGUCUGCAGAGCCUGGGCCGCUGCUGCCAUCUGCAGCGCUGUGUGGCAUGACACGACCAUCAGUUGCUACUGUGAGCGAGAAGGCAUGCUGCCACCCUAUCUGUCAGCCUGCCUGGACCACAUUCGCAAUCUGCAUUUGGAAUUUGAGCCAUCGAAGGAGCCGAGCCGCCGGAUGGCCACGGAGCUGCUGACCGCGCUGGCAGGCCGUACCCCAGGACUUCGAGGCCUGCGCCUGGAGUGUCGCGGAGAGAAGCCGCUCUUCCCGGGCCUGCGCGAGGUGCACUGCUUCUGCGUGGUGCGACCCUCCGUCCUGCACGCCUUCCUCGCGCACUGCCCGCGCCUGCGCAGCUACACGCUCAAACUAACGCGGGAGCGCCAUCCCUGGCGGCCCACGCGUGUGGAGUGAGGGGGCAAGCCCCCUCCCGCCCCUGCCCCCAGCAGGCGUGCGGCCCCUCAGAUGCCGGGUGGAUGUGCCCAAGAGAGCGCCAACUGCUAACCUGCUCCGUCAGGACUCUGUUGCCACUUGUGCCUCUCGAGGAUUUGGGGGGAGGGGUGCCCUCCGUCCACUCAAUGCUCUUGACAUCUGCAGGCGCCCCGAUGUGCCCGGAGUCCUGGGAUCACCCUCCUCCAAACUCCCACCUCUGCGCCAGCUCCGCAACUCCCUCCCCCCGGGCGGGGUGGGAGGGAGGGCACAAGCGCAGGCCGAGCCUCGGGGGUAAGUGUGGAAUAAACAAAUCCUGCAGCA